CCACACCAACCCCAUUCGGAGCCUUACCUUCUUCCGCGUAAUUUCGAAACUCACUGAGUGCUUAUUGCUUUCAAGCGCAUUUACUUGUUGGGUUUAGGUUUUCCAGAGCUUCUCUCUCUUUCUCUCUCUAAAUUCGUUUGGCAGGCAGUCAUCAACCAUGACGGUCACAGCGCAGAUUUCGAUCAAUGAUGGGAACCUGGUGGUUCAUGGAAAGACCAUUUUGACUGGGGUUCCAGACAACAUCAUACUGACACCCGGGACCGGUGUCGGACUCCUUGCCGGUGCUUUCAUUGGCGCCACGGCCGCCCACAACAAAAGCCUCCAUAUCUUCCCCAUUGGGGUUUUAGAGGAUCUCCGUUUCAUGUGCUGUUUUCGAUUCAAGUUGUGGUGGAUGACUCAGAGGAUGGGGACAUGUGGGAAGGAUGUUCCAUUGGAGACCCAAUUCAUGGUGGUGGAGAGCAAAGGUGGUGGUGAUGGAGGUGAAGACGACGAGUCUUCUCCUAUCAUCUACACCGUGUUCCUGCCUCUACUCGAGGGCCCUUUCCGCUCUGUUCUGCAAGGGAAUGAGAGGAACGAAGUCGAGGUUUGCCUCGAGAGUGGAGAUUCUGCUGUUCAGACCAAUCAAGGCCAGUGCCUCGUUUACAUGCACGCUGGAACCAAUCCAUUUGAAGUCAUCACCCAAGCUGUAAAGGCUGUGGAAAAACACAUGAAAACUUUUGUUCAUCGCGAGAAGAAAAAGUUGCCUUCUUUUCUGGACUGGUUUGGCUGGUGUACAUGGGAUGCCUUUUACACCGAUGUCACAGCUGAGGGUGUGGUUCAAGGCCUUAAAAGCUUAUCGGAGGGAGGGACUCCUCCGCGGUUCCUAAUCGUUGAUGACGGUUGGCAGCAGAUAGAAAAUAAAGACAAGGAUUCUGGUGUCGUUGUACAAGAAGGAGCACAGUUUGCAAGUAGGUUGACAGGAAUCAAAGAGAACGAAAAGUUCCAAAAGAACGACCACAACAAUGAGCAAGUCUCUGGCCUGAAACAUGUUGUGGAUGAAGCAAAGCAGCAUCACAAUGUGAAAUUUGUGUAUGUAUGGCAUGCUCUAGCUGGGUACUGGGGUGGAGUAAAACCAGCUGCUACUGGCAUGGAACACUAUGACACUGCUUUGGCAUACCCAGUGUCGUCCCCUGGUGUAGAGGGCAACCAACCAGACAUAGUUAUGGACAGCUUAACUGUUCAUGGUCUUGGUCUGGUACAUCCAAAGAAAGUUUUCAAUUUCUACAAUGAGCUUCAUUCCUACUUGGCUUCCUGUGGAGUCGAUGGAGUUAAGGUUGAUGUUCAGAAUAUCAUCGAGACUCUAGGGUCUGGUCAUGGUGGAAGAGUUUCUCUGACCCGCAGCUACCACCAGGCACUUGAGGCUUCAGUUGCUCGAAAUUUUGCUGACAACGGAUGCAUUUCUUGCAUGUGUCACAACACUGAUGGGCUCUACAGUGCCAAGCAGACUGCUGUGGUCAGAGCCUCUGAUGACUUCUAUCCCCGAGAUCCUGCUUCACACACAAUUCAUAUAUCUUCCGUUGCUUAUAACACCCUGUUCCUUGGAGAAUUCAUGCAACCUGACUGGGAUAUGUUUCACAGUUUACACCCAGCGGCAGAGUAUCACGGUGCAGCUCGUGCUCUUGGUGGAUGUGCAAUCUAUGUCAGUGAUAAGCCAGGCCAUCACAAUUUUGACCUUCUGAGGAAGCUGGUUCUCCCUGAUGGAUCUGUCCUCCGUGCCAAGUUACCUGGCAGGCCUACCCGUGAUUGUCUCUUCGCUGAUCCAGCAAGAGACAGGACCAGCUUGCUCAAAAUAUGGAAUGUCAACAAUCUCUCUGGUGUGGUUGGUGUGUUUAACUGUCAAGGUGCCGGUUGGUGCAAGAUUGAAAAGAAGACGCGCAUUCAUGAUUACUCUCCUGGUACCCUCAGUGGUUCUGUUCGUGCCGCUGAUGUUGAUGCCAUUGCUCAAGUUGCUGGUGCUGAUUGGAAUGGAGAAACAGCAGUAUAUGCUCAUAAGUCAGGUGAGGUUCUUCGGUUGCCAAAAGGUGCUUCAGUGCCUGUGACGCUUAAAGUUCUUGACUAUGAGGUUUUCCAUUUCUGUCCUCUCAAGGAAAUUACAUCCGACGUCUCAUUUGCACCAAUAGGCCUACUUGACAUGUUCAAUUCAAGUGCUGCUGUGGAGGAGGUUGAAAUCCAUUUGGCUUCUGACAAGAAACCAGAGCUUUCUAAUGGAGAAGUUAGCGAGAACCGAUCUCCAACUGCGACAAUUGGUCUCAAAACCAGAGGAUGUGGAAGGUUUGGAGCUUACUGUUCCCGGCGGCCGCUGAAGUGCACUGUUGACAACGCUGAGACCAACUUCGAAUAUGACUCUGCAUCUGGAUUGACGACGAUUACCAUUCCAGUACCAGAAAAAGAGAUGUACAGAUGGUCAGUAGAGAUCCAAGUGUAAGUGGUCUGAUCUGAUUUGAAGAGAUUAGCUAUUAGGACAUUGUCUUGCAUCUGAAGAGAUGAUGUGUCUGGUUAAGCAAGAUGGAUUGAGAGACUCAACUGCCUGGGAAGUAACUAAGAUUAGCCAAUAAUGUUGUAGUGUUCCAGUUUCAUAAGUUAUGUUGCUAAGAAAGAGUGGCCAAUGUUGUAUUGUUACUCGUUUCUUUUUAAUAAUAAAAGUGCCCAUCUUUCCUA